GGCAGCAAAACAUCCGCAGUGAAUCUGUCGCGCGCUCCCUCUCUCUCUUCUGACAGCGAGCAUGAAAAAACUUUUCCGUCUUCCUCUCUGACGCCGGAGCUCCUCAGGAGGAAGCCGCAGAGGUCUCCCCUUCCCCCCGACACCUGUUCCCGGACCAUGCCCCACGACCCCGACCCUCCUCCGGCGAAAAAGUUCAAGCCGGGCUCCGUUUUCUUCCGCCUCGAUAAGACCAGACCUGGGAUGCUGCUGCCCAGAAAGGGGAAUGUAGCCACUCCGAUAGAAGUCCAGAGGAAGCAGCUGCCCAUCUACCAGGCCAAAGCCCAGCUGCUGACCCAGCUGAGGCAGCUGCACGGAGCCAUCCUGAUCGGGGAGACCGGCUCUGGGAAGACCACUCAGAUCCCUCAGUACCUGUAUGAGGCUGGCAUCGGACGGCAGGGCGUCAUCGCCAUCACCCAGCCCCGGCGAGUCGCCGCCAUCUCAUUGGCUGGAAGGGUGGCGGAGGAGAAGAGGACGCAACUGGGCAAGCUGGUGGGCUACACGGUGCGCUUCGAGGACGUCACCUCCGCCGAGACCAAGCUGAAGUUCAUGACGGACGGCAUGCUGCUGCGGGAGGCCAUCGGAGACCCCCUGCUGCUGCGCUACACCGUGGUGGUCCUGGACGAGGCGCACGAGCGCACCGUGCACACCGACGUGCUGUUCGGCGUGGUGAAGACGGCCCAGCGCCGGCGCCGGGAGCUGAACAAGGUUCCCCUGAAGGUGAUCGUCAUGUCGGCCACGAUGGACGUGGAUCUGUUCUCCGAAUACUUCAACAAGUCCCCGGUCCUGUACCUGGAGGGCCGGCAGCACCCCAUCCAGAUCUACUACACCAAGCAGGCGCAGUCGGACUACCUGCAGGCGGCGCUGGUCUCCAUCUUCCAGAUCCAUCAGGAGGCCCCUCCGUCCCACGACGUCUUGGUCUUCAUGACGGGUCAGGAGGAGAUCGAGGCGCUGGCGAGGACGUGCCGGGACAUCGCCAAGCAUCUGCCCGACGGCUGCGGCCCCAUGGUGGUCAUCCCUCUGUACGCCUCGCUGCCGCCCGCGCAGCAGCUCAGGGUCUUCCAGCCCGCUCCCAAGGGCUGCAGGAAGGUCAUCCUCUCCACCAACAUCGCAGAAACGUCAGUCACAAUCUCUGGGAUCAAAUACGUCAUCGACACGGGGAUGGUCAAAGCCAAACGCUUCAAUCCCGACAGCGGUCUGGAGGUGCUGGCCGUGCAGCGGGUCUCCAAAGCGCAGGCGUGGCAGCGGGCGGGCCGAGCCGGCAGGGAGGACUCGGGCUCCUGCUACCGUCUCUACACCGAGCAGGAGUUCGACAACCUGGUCCCCAUGACGGUGCCCGAGAUCCAGAGGUGUAAUCUGUCGGGCGUGAUUCUGCAGCUGAUGGCUCUGGGGAUCCCCGACGUGACGAACUUCGACUUCAUGUCCAAACCUUCUCCGGAGGCCGUCCGCUCCGCCGUGGAGCACCUGGAGCUGCUGGGAGCCGUGGAGAGGAAGGACGGCCAGGUCUGCCUCACGCCUCUGGGGAAGAAGAUGGCCAGUUUCCCUCUGGAGCCCCGAUACGCCAAGACCAUCCUGCUGUCGCCGGACUUCUCCUGCUCCGAGGAGAUCCUGAGCAUCGUGUCGCUGCUGUCCGUGGACACGGUGCUGUACAACCCCCCGGCCCGGCGCGACGAGGUGCUGGCCGCGCGCAGGAAGUUCACGUCCAGCGAGGGCGACCACAUGACGCUGCUCAACAUCUACCGGGCGUUCAAGAAAGUCAGCGGGAAUAAGGAGUGGUGUCGGGAGAACUUUGUCAACAGCAGGAACAUGGGGCUGGUGAAGGAGGUCCAGGCUCAACUCCGGGAAAUCUGCCUUAAGAUGAACCUGAAGCUGGAGUCGUGCGGCGCCGAGACGGGCAACGUGCGGCGCUGCCUGGCCCACGGCACGUUCACCAACGCCGCCGAGCUGCAGCCGGACGGCAGCUACCUGGCGCUGGACACGCACCAGCCGGUGAGCAUCCACCCGUCGUCCGUCCUGUUCCAGGCCAAGCCGGCGUACGUGGUGUUCAACGAGCUGCUGCACACGUCGCGCUGCUACAUGAGGGACCUGUGCCUGGUGGACGCCGACUGGCUGCUGGACGCCGCGCCCGAGUACUUCGGGCGCAAGCUGCAUCUGAGCAAGAGCUAGCCCCCCGAUCGGCGAACUCCUCAGUAUUCUGGAUUCCUCUGGAUUCACUCUACCUCUCCGUCGACUCGCCGCUUCCUCCGGUUCGCCGUUUUAGGAGCUGGACAGCAUCACAUCUCGCCACCGGGGUUUCGCUUCAGCUUUUCCAAGGAUUUGCAUGCAUUCGACGUCGACGGGACUCCGUGAAACUCGCCGCCGCUCUCCGGAUUCUUGACUCACUCUGUAGUCUCGGUCUGACUAACUCUGCAGAAUUUGUUUGCAAUAAAUAUUUCUUUAUCAGAGAGAAAGAUUCAUUUCAGAAAAGCAGUUGGAGUUCAGUCCAGGUGAAAGGAUGACAGGACCAGUGUGAAGGAAAGUUACAUUUACCUCGAAGUUUUUUGACCGCGUGGGGAAAAAUAUUAGACGUUUAGUCAAAUUUAAAGCAGAAAACUGCAAAUCAGUUGAAUAAAAAGUAAAUUUUUAAUUAAUUCCACCUAAAAAGAGAUAAUAUAACUUUUAUUUUUCGAGUUUAAUUACGAGGUUUACAUUGUGGUUUUAUUUUCUGCAGAGACUCGAGUUGGAGAUGCUUUAUUUACCUUCACAUUUGAUUUUUAUCUUUUUUUUUGUGGUUAAUUUAGUCAAACCUGGUGACAGUGGUGUGUGAGAGGCCUGCGCAGCCACUGAUAUGAGUAUUAUUCAUACACACUGUACUGCUGGUACUUCUUUCUUUAUAUUUCUCCAACAUGUUGGUUUAAAUUUUGAAUGUCUGAAUUUCUUUCUUUUGAUUUUAUUCCCAGAUUGUUCCAUAAAUCGACCCCUUUAACCGAAACCCAGCAUUGCUUUGGCUUUCUACAUAGUUUGCAGGCUGCUGUAAUCCAUUACGUGGUGAAAUGUUACCACCUUUUGCUGAGCGUGUUGGAUCUGGGUCAGAAAUGGAACAAUCAGAGGAUUAUAUGACAUGAACAGUGCUUUGGAGGUCCUGAUGUUUUGCAUUUGUAUAAAUUUAACCUAAUUUAGAUGAGAAUUCAGUGCAUGCUUUAGAAAAAAGCUGCUUUGGGAAGUUUUCCGAAGUGGAACCUCAGAGUGGGUCGCCCAGUUUUCUUUGGGGAUUAAGUUGCCAGAAACUUGGGCACGCGCUGCACUGCCACAGUGUAUUUAUCUCGCAGGAAACACGCCAAACCGCGAGCUUUCUUCUCUUUCCCCACGCGCUGGUCCUCCACUGAGCUCCCUGGACGCUCCGUGUGUUUUGGUUAUGAAGGAAACCUGUUUUGAUUUCUAUUGUGACGCUUUGCCGGCGUGUUCCAGUGACACACUUUCACCUCAUCAGCCUCGUGUGCAUGCUCUCUCUCUCUGACACGGUAGGAUAGCACCAUCACAUGCACGUCGGGACGAGCAGCAUGCCUCUUUCUCCAGGUUCUCACACACACACACACACACACACACCACACACAUGCUGACUGCAAUUUUAUGCAAUGCAUGGAGAUUCUAGUCAGUGAUGGAUCACUCAGGUCCUCCAACUUUUUUGUAGAAUGUAAAUCACGUCAUGUUGAGGAAGAGAAUGAACCCACACCCCCUCCUGGUUUUUUUUUUUUUUUUUUUCUACACUGGACUCAGGAUUGUAUAAUAUGUAAUGUAUGAAAAAUGACCGUUUCUAUCUCUGCAAUCGAACACCAAAUGCACCCGAGGCGGAGUUCAGACGACGCUGUACUUUGAGUGGUUUAUAGAAACAAGUGCACCAUUUAAAAUCUGCAUGUACUUUACAUGCCUGCAUGUAGUUUAUAAGAUCAACUGCACGCGUUGAAAAGAUAUUUGGAGUAUGUAUAAAACUAUGUUUUGUUAUAGUCUUGCAUAAUCCCAAUUGUUAUAAUUUCUAAUAAAUACUCUG